AUAAUUCUGGGCACGGAGGAUCCAAAGCCCUAUCGCCCCCGUGUCAGAGUCAGCCCCGCAGCUGCUGCUCCAUGCGACCCCGGAGCCUCCCACUGGCCCGUGGGGGACGUGCCCAGCCAGCCCCCCAUGAGCUGGGAAAGGAUCCCUCUGCUCUCUUACAGGGGAUGCGCAAAGACACCCAUCCCCGCGGACUGGGUCUUUCAGGUGACAUUGCAGCCAGGUCUCUGCCCAGCUCAGUGUGGACAUGAAAGAGCCCUGCGGCUUUUAGUGAGAGGCGGCUGCUUCGCUCCCCAAGUGAUCAGAGCCGGAGAAACACCGUGUAAAGAGCAGAUCAGACCUGCGUGUAAUCCGCGGGGUGCCCCAAGGCCAUACACUUCUCCUAUCUGGCUGGUAGGGCCUCUCCCCUCGCUGCUGGACCGUCAUGCAGAAGAUGGAGUCAGAGCAACUGGAGAGACUGCGUCAUGCAAACCAAGACCUUCUGGAAAGGCUCAAGGCGAAGCAGGAGGAGAUAAAGAAAAGACUUCCUCGCAAGCCACUGUCAGCAUCCUCUCUUUCCAGAAGAACAACUCCUGCAGAGAGAGCUGUCCCUGUUCCUAAGAGAGGGAAGGAGAACCAAGUCUGUGGGAUGAAGGGCACGACGGACCCUGUGACACUAGUGUCUGUGGAACCCGGAGCCAGCGCAGCCAGGGCAGCCCUUCGUUCGCCAUUGAAACCCGCAGUGUGCGGCAGGGAGGGGAGGGGUGUGCUGCACUGCAGGGCGGGGGCGCAUCCGGAUUCCCUCAGGGCAGAACGAAGCUUCACACCCGCAGCUUCCAUCACCAGAGAAACCUCCAGAGUGGCCAGAGACGGCAGCGCCCUGAGAAGCCCUGAGGAAGAAUCCAGCCCUGUGGAACACAGAGAGAGCAGAAAGCAAUCCACCAUGCUCCACGGUGCCCAGGAGAGGGGCAGGCCACGGGCUGAGGCAGAGAUGGCGCUGGGCAGGACCCCAGCGGAAGGGAGUGGCCGGCAGCAAACGGCCAUUAGAGAUUCCAGGACUCCCAAAUCAAUCCUGCUGAUGCCUGGGGGUAAAGAAGCCAAGAAGGAAGCCGGCCGAGUGACUUUUCUGUCGGACCCUGAGGAAUACACCAUCCCCGCCGAUAGCUGGUCAGCACGUCCUUUCUUGGGCUACGACUGGAUUGCAGGGCUGCUGGAGAUGGACUCGUCGUUGUCAGAGAAAUCUGAGCAGUACUUCACUGAGCUCAGGGAGUUCCGGCAGGUGAACAAGGAAGCGUGUGUCCAUGAGGAAGCCCUGGGGCCAGAGGCAGUGGAUUUCUUGGCUCCUGAACAAGAAGCAGACUUGGAUUCCAGUUCCCAUCAGUGUGUUUAUUGCUAUCGAAUAAACAGGCGCCUGUUUACCAUCCCUGUGGAUUCCCAGUCUGCGUGCCCCGUGUGUAAGACCCUGAGAGCCCAACACCCUCCGGAGACGCUGGAGGAACCAGCCUACAUCAGGGUCAGCAUUCCCAGGUCCACCCUCCUACCUGCCUAUAAGUACAAAAUCCAUCGCAGGAAGAGCUUUGAACCUGCAGACGAUCUGGCUUUACCCUCGCACUGCCUGGCCGGUUGGGAGAACGUCGUCCCCUCCAGCAGCCCCACGCUUAGCAGUUUGGAUCUGCGAACUUCACUGCAACAAAAACCCACUGACCGUUCUCACCUGACGUUGAUUACCUCACCUCAGUCCUGUAACGUGCUAGAGAACUGGCUCUAUGACGAAACUUCCCAACGCUGCUGCUACCAGUGUCCCUCAGGCUACCAUAAACGGAAAGAGUGUCCCACAGAUCCAGACCGGGACUGCGGGCAGUGUGAGCCCGAGCACUUCCUGAACAGGGAGCAAGGGAAGCCACACUGCAAGCUCUGCGUGUCGUGCAAGCCAGAAUACGACCUUGUGGAGAAAGUCCCUUGCUCCUUCAAUUCCAGAAGGGUGUGUGAGUGCCGAGCAGGACUGUUUUGUAAAGUUGCCGUUCAGAGCAGCUGUGUGCAAUGCAUUUCCCACACUGUCUGCAAGCCAGGAUUUGGAGUCCUAGCCAGAGGCACAUCAGAAGUUGAUGUCUCUUGCCAAGAAUGCCCUUCGGGGACCUUCUCUGAUCGGCACUCCAGCACCGAACGCUGCAAACCCCACACGGACUGCGCCAAGCUAAACAAAGUAGCCACGGACAGCGGAAAUUCCACACACGACCAAGUCUGCAUGGACCCGCCUCCUACCCACCUCACACCCGCCUCUUUGUCUGCAAAAUUCAGCAACAGGCCGAAGGAUUCCGACAGGGCAGAAGUGCCGCUCCUGACUGAGCAGCCAAUGACCGUGAGAGGCCAGCAUUUCCACACUGCCACAAAGCCAGUGACCAGUGCCAGCAUCCUCAUGAGUGACGCAGCCUCUGACGAUGCCAACUGGACCACUGUGGGAACCGUCGAUGGAUCGGAUACAAAACACGCAGCUGGCACUUCUCCUACCUCAGAUAUAGCUACAGAAGAGAUUGCCAAGACAGGUGAUGGGAGCUUUGUUCCCUGGGGUGCGGUGUUUCUCUGCAGCAUGGUGCUUCUCGCUGGUAUGCUGGCGGUUUGGAAAAGGAGGGUUUGCAAGAGGCGGAUUUUCACCCCCAAUGGGAAGACUCUUGAUCUGUAUCCAGUUACUACAUGUAGACCCAAAUCUUCAAGUCAGGGUUCUGAUCUGAUGAAGAACUGUGCGAAGAGAUUCAGUAUGCUGAAAGCUGACAAAGAGUCAGAAGAGAGGGAGUUGUUAAACAGAACCCCCAUUGUGGAAACCAACAACAACUUGGUCUCCAUCUCGGAAAAAAAUCCCAGUCCUGACUCAAGCCUGACGGAAGUGAUCCAGAGCACUGGGAAUGCCACCGACUACCCUGCUGAUUCCCGAGUGAGGGACCACACGAAUAACCGAAUUGACAAAAUAUACAUAAUGAAAGCCGACACUGUGAUUGUGGGGUCCAUUUCGGAAGUGCCCGUCAGCAAGAACUGUGCCGUUAGAGGAUGUGAAAAUGAUGCUAAGGCUCAAGAAAACAUGGAGGAAAACGAACUUGCAAUGCAUUAUCCACAGCAGGAGACAGAAUCGUUUCCAGGAAGUGAUGUAAUGAUUCCGGUGGAGGAGGAGGGCAAGGAAUUUCAUCACCCUACCACUGCCACUGAGAAGUGAUGUCUUACAGAUGUCAUAGUAUAAUUCCCAAUUCUGGACCUUAGCGUCCAAAAUAUGGGUACUAGCAUGAAUUCCCCUAAG